AGGGAGCAAAACAGACAAAGACAAACACACAGCGAAAGUUCGGACUCCCAUAUUAAUCUCUCGGCUGAGAGAGAAACAAACAGAGAAGAAGCGGUCCAGGCCAAGGGUAAAAUGGGAAACCAGAAGCAAAAAUGGACGGCGGAGGAGGAGGAGGCGCUGCUCAACGGAGUGGCAAAGCACGGCCCUGGAAAGUGGAAGAACAUUCUCAAAGAUCCUGAUUUUGCUCCUUUCCUCACUCAACGCUCCAAUAUCGACCUCAAGGACAAGUGGCGAAAUUUAAGUGUCAGCAAUGCUACACAAGGUUCUAAGGAUAAAUCAAGGUUACCUAAAGUUAAAACCCUGGCACUUACUCUGCCCUCCUCCAAUGCUCAAAAUUUUGCACAUGCUGAUACAUCUGCAGAUGUCCUUAUGGAUGAUCCUUCAAGCAAUGCAGUGGAUGGAAAAAAUGCCCCAAGGUACAACGCAAUGAUUUUUGAAGCUCUUUCAGCCAUAAAAGAUACAAAUGGAUGUGAUAUUGGUGCUAUUGUUCACUUCAUUGAGCAAAGGCAUGAGGUGCCACAAAAUUUUAGAAGGCAUUUAAGUUCAAGGUUGAGAAGGCUUGUUUCACAAGGCAAACUGGAAAAGGUUCAAAAUUGCUAUAGAAUCUGCCAAGAUGGCGCACUGGGAACAAAAACACCAACCCCCAAACAAAAAGAUAUCAGGCCCCGGCAUUCACAGAACUCUAUAUUAGCAUCUGGCGAGUCAGUAGAGGAAGCAGCAAUAGCUGCUGCUUAUAAAGUUGCCGAAGCAGAAAAUAAAUCAUUUUUGGCUGCUGAAGCAGUUAAGGAAUCAGAAAGAGUCUCAAAGGUAGCAGAAGACACAGAUUCAAUGCUCCAGUUAGUGAAAGAGAUUUAUGAACAAUGCUCACGAGGUGAAAUUGUUCUAUUGGCUUAGAGUUAUCGUGUGUACAAUUAGAAAAAGCAAAAUUCUUGGUAGUUCUCAGAACCUGGUGUGUAAACCCAUUUCGUCAGUGCCAUGGCAUUUUCUGAGUUGCACUUUGUUUCUUUCUUUUGCCUUUUUAGUUAAAAGGCAAAUACGUUUUGACAGGUCAAACAUUUCUCUUGUACAAUUAGGAAAAAACAAAAAUAUCCAUAAUUUUGGAACAUGUAAAUUCAUUGAAUCAAUUGAACAUUUUUAAGCCUCUUGCUUCUA